AUGGCGCUUACAGCUGCCGCUCAUCGUUGUCGCGGACUGCUGACCUUGAGCACCUGCAGACCCGGCAGCAGCCCCCUGCUGCUACUGCUGCUGUCGGAUGUGAAUGUAAGCUGGACGGAUGUGGCAAGCAUGCCGUAUGCCAUCGGGGAGUCGUCCGCUGCCAUUCUCAAGGGCGCCAAGGGCGAGCCUCUGCUGCUAGUGAUGGGUUUCCAUCAUAUCGAGAAAAACGCGACGAAGGCCACCAUGGUGCUGGAUAUCGAUGCCAACGUGUGGUCCGUCUGCAGUAAGGCCCAGCGUCCGUUCGUGGGACACCACAUGGCGGCAGCGACGUACGGCAACAAGCUCUACCUCAUUGGCGGUUAUCUGAACGGAACCACAGAGAAUAUGCAAAUCUACGAUCCCGUAGAAGACAAAUGGGCCGUCGGGCCGAAACCGCCAUUCAAGACUGGCGCUGCCGUUGCCGAGGCCAUUGGGGACACCAUCUACUACUGCGGAGGCCUCGAUGAGGGCAAUGAACGAUCCGGCAAACCGAUUGAUAAGUGCGCGAAAUUCCACGUGCCGUCCAACACGUGGUUGCCCAUGGCCUACAUGCCUUACGCCGUACACCACGCCUCCGCUGCCACGGACGGCAAGCUGUUUUACGUGUUUGCCGGGCGCGACAGCAUAGCGGGCACGUCUACUAAUCCCGUGAACUACACGCAAAUCUACGACCCCGAAAGCGACACCUGGAAAUCCAACACGGAUGCUGAUGGUCCUGCCGCUACACCAGCUGGCCGUGGCGGCAUGGGUGGCGCCGCUUAUUACGAGGGAUACUUCUACGUCAUGGGUGGUGAGGUCAAGUGUAGCCGGACGUGGAUGGGCAGAUGUCCAAACAACAAGCUCACUCUUACUUCGCUGGGCGUCUUCUAUCGCAUUGACAGUGCUACGGGUUUAUACAGCAGCCGCGUACCUGCCAUGAUUGCUGCUCACACCCUGUCGCCCACAUGGGCGGUUUGCAGGUACAACCCCCGCACCAACACGUGGGACAGGGGUCUGCCGGGUAUGUCUGUUGGACGUCAUGGCGCCUUCCCGGUGGUAGGUCCAAGACCCAAGGGCGGAAACCCCGGCGGCACAGGCGACGUGGUGUUCGUGUGCGCAGCUCAUCGUGACCUGCGUUUGAGCACGACCGUACUCAUCAAGGGUCUGCAUAACUUUACUGUCGGCCCUUCUGGCUGCCGUAAACUGCGCGUCCAACUACUGCUGCCCUAUCUUACAUUUGUGUAG